AUGAAGCCUGUGCUGUUUCUUCAACUUCUGCUGUUGAUUCACUUAGCACCUCAGCGGGUGUCUGGGAGUCCCAAGCAACAUUUUCUGAGGAGUAUCUUGGAACCGCCACCCUGCAAAUCAGACCCUGAAAAUUGUACUCAUUUCUGUACAUUGCAGGAAGACUGCCAUAAAGGAUUUCAGUGCUGUUCUGCCUUCUGUGGGAUAGUCUGUACUCUAAACAUAAAUAUAAACCAUGACAGCUUCACCCUUCUCCAUUACUCCCCGCACACACACCGCCACCGUUUACGCUCUCAUUCCCUGGAGCGGGAUGUGGUCCAGGCCUGUCCUCUGGAGAACCGUUCCCCUCGACUGGCCACUACUGCUCUGGAGGAGCUGGUGUUGGCUGGGAAGCUCAAGUGA